AUGCAACCAUUCCUCCUCCUGCUACUCGCUUCCUUACUCCUCCCACCGGCGGCGGCCAGCGCGGAAGAGUCGUCAGGCUGCUGGCCCAAGGCAUGCGGGGGGCUCAACAUCACCUACCCGUUCUGGCUGGAGGAGCCCGGCCGGCCGCCGUGCGGACCGCCGUCCUUCCAGCUCAAAUGCAACAGCAGCGGCGCUUUCUUGACUACAUCCGUCUACCAGGCGUAUCAGGUACUCAGCAUCUUCCCCAACAACAACUCCUUCCAUGUGGUGGACCACAACCUCCCCCUACACACCGGCUGCCCAGCGCCAACGAUGAACAUCUCGCUCUUCUCGCCCGCAUUCGUGUUCAGCAAAACCAACAAAGAAUUGCUCUUCCUUGGGAAGUGCACGGGGUCUCCACCGGCGGAGUCGGCUGGGUUUCACAGGCUGCCUUGCGACAACAGUUCCUUUGUCCGGCUCGGCAACGGCCGGAAUUUCUCGAGCCACGGCAUCCAGGGAGGGAUCCCGCCGGGCUGCCUCUUCACUGUCGUGCCGUUUCUCGGGUCUCCCGAUGGAAAUGGGGACGACUACAUCACCAGCAUGAAGAAUGGACUCCUCGUGGAGUGGAAAGCGGUGCCAGACGAUUGCCUCAAUUGCAUGGCAAGCGGCGGGGAAUGCAGGUACUAUGACGACACCGGCACCAAGUUCGCCUGUGAUUGCUCCGGUGACAAGUGCGGAGGAAAAAUCAAAACAAGUAUGGUAGUCGGAAUUGCCUGUGGAGUAGGAGGCGGCUGUCUAUUGGUAGCAUGCUUCUUUUUUGUCUGGCACAAGCGCAAGACGAGGAAACAGGCUAGAGCACCAAAUGGCUUCAUGCGUAGCGAAUCUUCAAUGCAGUCAUAUAGCAAAGACCUUGAGUUGGGUGGCUCUCCACAUAUUUUCACUUAUGAGGAACUUGAAGAAGCUACCGAUGGAUUUAGUGACUCAAGGGAACUUGGUGAUGGUGGUUUUGGAACUGUUUACAAAGGGAAACUCCGGGAUGGGAGAGUAGUUGCAGUUAAGCGCCUCUACAAGAACAACUACAAACGGGUUGAACAAUUCAUAAAUGAGGUAGACAUUUUGUCCCGCCUCCUCCACCAGAACCUAGUCAUCCUAUAUGGCUGCACGUCUCGUAGCAGCCGUGACCUUAUGCUUGUGUACGAGUUCAUCCCUAAUGGGACAGUUGCAGACCAUCUUCAUGGAUCCCGUGCAUCAGAACGUGGCCUUACAUGGCCUCUAAGGAUGAACAUUGCCAUAGAAACAGCUGAAGCACUUGCAUACCUCCAUGCAGUCGAAAUCAUACACCGUGAUGUUAAGACCAACAACAUACUGUUGGACAACAGCUUCCACGUCAAAGUUGCCGACUUUGGGUUGUCGCGCCUGUGCCCUCCUGAAGUCACCCAUGUAUCAACUGUCCCACAGGGCACACCAGGCUAUGUCGACCCAGUGUACCACCAGUGCUACCAGCUAACCGAGAAGAGCGAUGUGUACAGCUUCGGAGUUGUGUUGGUCGAGCUCAUAUCCUCUAAACCAGCUGUUGACAUGAGCAGGAGCCACAACGAUAUUAACUUGGCCAACAUGGCUCUCAACAGAAUUCAGAACCACGAGAUUGAUCAACUGGUUGACCCUGAGCUCGGGUACGAGACUGAUGAUGAAACAAAGAAAUUGAUAGAUCUCGUUGCUGAGUUGGCAUUUCAGUGUCUGCAGCUAGAAAGGGAUUCACGGCCGUCAAUGAAGGAAAUAGUGGAGGCCCUGAACUGUAUCAAGAAUGGGGAUUCCCCAGAGAAUAAGACGGAUAGGAGCUCCUCAUCUCCUAAGGAAGAUGCACACUUGCUGACGAAUAGCAUACAGUAUUCGCCUGACUCGGUAAUCCACAGAUUCCAUAGCCAAUCAACCACGCUCUCAGUGGCAUCAAAUGCUAGCGGAUGA